AUGAUAAAUCCAAGACGAUUUCUAACAAUCAUGACAAGAACAAAAUUUUGGAAACCAAGAUAUUAUGAUAUUGGAGUCAAUUUUUCCGAUUCAAUGUUUCAAGGAUAUUAUAAUGGAUCAACAACAUCAAAACAUCCUUGUGAUAUUCAAUCAGUUAUUGAACGAGCCCAUUUAUUUCAUGUUGAUAAAAUGUUAAUUACUGCCCUGACAAUUAAAGAAAGUGAAGAUCAUUUUGAAUUGUGUGAAAAAUAUUCAAAUCAAUUUGAUUCAACUGCUGGUGUACAUCCAUGUUCUGUUGCUUCAGAGUUUUAUAAAUUGAACGAUGAAAUCAAACAAGGUGAUGAUGGAGAAAACAGUAGUAGUAGUAGUAGCCGAUACACCGAUGAAUUACGUGAUGAUGUUGAUACCAAAUUGGAAAAAUUGAAAAAUAUUAUUAUAAAAGGGUAUAAAUUAGGUCAUAUCAAAGCAUUUGGUGAAAUUGGAUUAGAUUAUGAUCGAUUACAUUAUAGUUCAAAACAUCAACAAUGUGAAAUGUUGAUUAAACAACUUGAUCUUUUACAUGAUUUACAAACAGAAUUAAACAUUCAAUUUUUACCAUUAUUUUUACAUAUGAGAUCCGCAUGCGAUGAUUUUAUCAAAAUUCUCAAACCCUAUAUUGAAAAGGGAAUAAUUAAUCCUGUCAAUGCCGUUGUUCAUUCAUUCACAGGAACAGAACAAGAAUUAAAUCAAUUAUUAGAAUUGGGAUUUUAUAUUGGUGUAAAUGGUUGUUCUUUGAAAACGGAAGAGAAUUUACAAGUUGUGAAAAAAAUCCCUAUUAAUAAAUUAUUAAUUGAAACCGAUGCUCCAUGGUGUGAAAUUAGAAAAAGUCAUGCUGGUUAUAAAUUUAUAAAAAAUACAAUUUAUCCUAAUAAAUUUUAUCCAGAAUUAUUAGAAGAUGUUAAACAACUACUACCAUCAUCAAUUGGUAAAAAUUCUUCAAUAAAAUUACAUGAGAAUUUACCAUUUCCAUCAAUUAAAAAAGAGAAUUUUUGGAAACAUUCAGAAUUUGUUCAAAAAUCAAAAGAAAAUUCAAAUUCAACUAAUCCAGAAUUGCUUGAAACAAGAAUUGGGGUAUUAGCUGAUCCUAUGAUCAAAUCUAGAAAUGAACCAGUUAAUGUUGGAUUGGUGGCACAAAUUAUUUGUGGAUUACAUGAUUUUAAAGAUGAUACAGAAAUAGAGAAUUUUAUAGAUACGGUGUUUGAA